GAUUCUGUGUCCCGACCGCGCAGGAGGCAGCUCCUUCUGGGGCAGCCGCUGGAAGGGCCAGGCUCCCGGAGGCGGCGGAGCCCUUCUGCUCCGGCUUGAUGGCCAGGCACAGCCGGCUGCAACGCGAGGUGCUCGGCCUCUACCGGCAGUUCUUGCGCGCCUGCCGAGGCAAGCCGGGCUUCCUGCCGCGGGUGCAGAGCGAAUUCCGCCGGGCUGCCCGCAUCCCCCGCACCGACGUGCUCCUGAUCGAGUAUCUGCUGCGCCGCGGGCAGAGGCAGCUGGCGCAGCUCCGGGAAGGCCACGCCACCAGGAUGGGCUUCUUCGCCCCGGGGAGGCCAAAGCAGGAGGAGAAGGAGGAGAAAGAGAACGCGCAAUCCUGAACGGAGGUUCGCUUUUGGUUGCCGCGCAGCGAUGCCCGCCGGCUGCAGAAAACCCGGAGGGGCGGACUUAGGAGGCUGGCAGAGGGCGGGGAAGGGUCCCUCUGCAGAAACGUCCGCGAAGAAGGAUCCUAUUUGUGGGCAUUUGAACCUGGCAUUCUCCGCUGAAGGUUUUCGGGAGAAGAUUGCGCAGCUUGGCGUUGCGCCCUAUCCCUCUUUCGUGGGAGGGGGACAGCCUCUGCAUGAGACCCCCCGGCAGGCUUCCUCUUGGCAUUCUAGCUCUGAUGUUGUACUAGGAGCCCCCCACCACCCCUCCUGCAGGAAUCCCUUGCAGACUGGUGUAAACCUCCUACACGGAAAACAGGGGUGUGCACAAUGGUCGUGGAAACGGCCCUGGGUAGGUUUGGGGUCUACCUUCCUCCACCUGGAAUUUUGGAGACAGCAGAAAAUAAGUUUUGAGCAUAAGAGGCUUUCCCCCCCACACACACACCUUAAAACACUACAGGAGAAGUACUGUGGUUAAACCUUUGCAACCAGCAAGUGACAAUACAGACUAAUGACUGUUAUAUGGAUUUUGUUUUUGUUCGAUAUUGAACACUCCUGUGUUAAUGGCAUUAAUGGCAUUCUAUUGUUAUUGUUUCAGCCUGGGAAUUGAGGCUUUUGAACAAAAAGCGAAACUUAACUGCUAA